AUGAAGUCUUUUGGUACCUCUCCAGGGAGAUCCAGUUCUUUUCCACAUACUGACGAUAAUUUACCAAAAAAUGGCUAUUCUUUCAUCAACACAGGUAAACAAAAUGACACGAAGGACAGACGAAAAAACAGCAGUUUUCCAUAUAGGAUUCAUGACCAUGUGAAAAUGGGCCCAAAUCUGUCUAAGAUUCUGAAAGGAAAGUUGAGUUUGGGGGCAAGGAUUAUACAGGAAGGAGGAAGAGAGAACAUCUUCAAGAAUGUUUUUGGGAUGCAAGAAAAAGAGCAAUUUUUGAAGGCUUCUCAGUGUUAUCUAUAUUCCACAGCUGGUCCUAUUGCUGGAGUUAUAUUUAUCUCAACCGAAAAGGUUGCAUUUUACAGUGAAAGGCCCAUAACCUUCAGUUCUGUGACAGGAGAGUUAGCCAGGGCACCUUACAAGGUUUUGAUUCCAAUAGGUAGAAUAAAAGAGGUCAAUGAAAGCCAUAAUGUGAAUAAUGUAGAACAGAAGUACAUAGAGAUAGUGACUAAGGAUGAUUCUGAGUUUUGGUUUGUGGGGUUUUUACGGAUAGUUAAGUUGGGAAUUUCACCUCUUAUCUUUUGGGAUGAUGAAGAGCUGCUGGUGACUAUUUGUAUGCCACAGAAAAAGACAUCAGUGUUCUCCACUGUGAGAGGUGGUGAAUGUAACAUGGCUUAG